AUGACAUCCCAACCGGCACUGCCCUAUGAAGAGCCGGGAAUCCGGACAGUCCUCAUCCAGUCGGGACUCCUCCUGGUCCUGAACUUUGCAAAUUGGUUCUUGGACAAACUGGUGUAUUGUGGCUUGAUCGGGCAAAUUUUCAUCGGAGUUACUUGGGGUAUGCCCGGUGCACAGUGGCUGACACACGAAGCCCAAGAGAUGAUGCAACAACUAGGCUACCUUGGCCUUCUACUUCUCGUAUAUGAAGGUGGACUUUCAACUUCGUUCACGGAACUCAAGGCUCAUUUUACCCUCUCGGCAAUCGCAGCAUUUACGGGGGUUGCAACUCCAAUGGGUCUAUCAUUUAUACUAAUGCCUCUUGUUGAUGCAACCCCCCUCCAGGCCUUCGGUGCUGGAGCAGCUUUGUGUUCAACAAGCAUUGGCACCACAUUCACCAUCCUCUCCACAACCGGUUUAGCCAAGUCUAGACUGGGAACUGUGCUCAGUGGCGCUGCAAUGAUGGAUGAUGUCGCAGGCCUUGUCAUGGUUCAGACCAUAUCGAACCUUGGCAAUUCCAGUACGGAGUCAUUCAGUGCUGUGACUAUUGUUCGCCCUGUUUGCGCGGCCAUCGGCUGUGCUCUUGGUAUUCUUCUCGUCUGCAGCCUCGCUGUUGCACCGGCCGCGCGAAAACUGUAUGCAACUAAAAUAAAUCUACUGCCCAAAGCCAGAGAAAUUCCGGCGGCUUUUGUUCUGCACAUGGCUAUCUUGGUCGGCUUUGUGGCUGGGGCGUCUUACGCUGGAACCUCAGGUCUCUUUGCAGCUUACCUUGCCGGUGCUUGUAUUUCCUGGUUUGAUGAUCUUAUGAUGUCCAUACAAAAGAGCAUCCAGCAUAGGAGAAAUACGACUUCCGCGACUAGUGAUGCUUCCCUAGCUUGUCUUGAGAUGGCGCGUCGAGCCUCAGCUAGCAAUGCUAAAUCCCAACCAAAUACGGAAGGAAGUAGUCCAUCAAGCAUGGAUUCAUCUGCGAGCGCUAUGAACCAGGAUAACACCAGGAUUAUUCCCGGUCAGCAGACCUUUGAUCUGUAUUGCAAGCAGCCACUUCAUUAUAUUUUGUGUCCCUUUUUCUUUGCAUCGGUCGGGUUUGCAAUUCCCGUGACACAAAUGUUUCAAGGAGAAGUCGUCUGGCGAGGCAUAGUGUACACAUUAUUGAUGGCGCUCGGCAAAAUCGUCACUGGUAUAUGGAUUCUACCAAUCACAAUCAGCCCACUAGCUGGUCUUAUAAGACUUCGACGGGCGGUGGCGCUCCCAAUAAGCUGGUGCAUGUCACGCCGCAAGCAAGACACUGAGCGACACCUUUCCAGCCCCAACAAGAAAGCCAAAAAAGCCGCACGUCCACCAAGAUCUCCUGCAGAUACCUCAACUUCCCAGCAAUCGUCUCCAAACGAAGUCCGCUCUUCGACUUUGUCAGAACGCUCUACGUCGUUGGAGAAAACACGCUCUCUGUAUCCGGCCUCUAUAUUUGGUCUGGCAAUGAUUGCACGAGGCGAGAUAGGAUAUCUCAUAGCAUCAGUGGCGGAAACUGGUGGGAUUUUUGCCGUGUCAGGCCCGGGUGGUGACAAGGGCACCGACAACGAAACCUCGCAAAUCUACUUAGUAGUAGUGUGGGCGAUUACCCUGUGCACUACUAUUGGUCCAAUCUGCGUUGGAACAUUGGUAAAGCGAGUCAAAUCUCUACAAGCUCAGAGGAGCCAGUCAGGUAGCCCUGACCCGCUAGGUGUAUGGGGUGUCUCCUAG